CCGUUGAUUAUUAGAUCUAAUACUUCGUUUAUGGGUGACAUCAUUCACAUCAAUCUUCCUUACGAGUGGGAAUGAACACUGCAUUCCUCUCUCUCCUCCAUUGAAGCCUACUUUGAGUUCUCCAUUGAAGCGCCUUCUGAACUCUCUCACCUCCAUCGAAGCUUCUUCUGAGAAACUUUUUUCUGGCGAUAUCAUUUGACAUCUGUUAACUUUGCCACUGCAACUGAAGGCAGAGCAGGGAGGUGGCUAACUGUUGCUAUGUUCAUGUUGAUAUUGCCUCAUAAAUACUAUUAAAGGCCUAGGUACACAUAAGGUUAGCUGCUUAAUACCCCGGCUAAGUGUUUCUUAACAUCUGUUCAUAUUUAGUUGAAAAAUAUGGCGGGGCAUUCUGCAAUCCAAGGUUUGACAGCCUCAGCUGGUUUAACAUCUUCGUUAGUCAACAUCAGGCAUUGUUCAAGCAGUCAUUUGCCGUUUCUUCCUUCUAGAUGUAAGAAACGAGCAGUAUUUGUUAAGGCUAUGUCAUCUAAUGCUGAGCAGAACCAACCUCCCUCUUCAUCAGAACCAAAAUCUGCAAUAUCUGCUAUUCUAGAUGUUCCUCGUAGUAUCUGGAAGCAAACUUUACGUCCUCUCAGCGACUUUGGUUUUGGUAGGAGAAGUAUCUGGGAAGGUGGUGUUGGUUUGUUUCUUGUCUCGGGUACAAUACUGUUUGUGCUGAGUUUGGCUUGGUUAAGGGCUUUCCAGAUUCGCAGUAGAUUUAGGAAGUAUAUGGCAGUAUUUGAAUUUCCUCAGGCUUGUGGCAUUGGUGCUGGAACACCUGUGAGGAUUAGAGGAGUGAAUGUUGGCAAUGUGAUCCGUGUUAAUUCUUCUUUGAAAUGCAUAGAAGCUGUCGUUGAGGUGGAUGAUGAUAAAAUAAUUAUUCCGCGAAAUUCUACAGUCGAAGUUAACCAGUCUGGUCUCCUCAUGGAAACUAUGAUCGACAUUACUCCCAAAGAUCCAAUUCCAACACCUUCUGUUGGGCCUCUUGAUCCAGAAUGUGAUAAGGAAGGCCUCAUUGUUUGUGACAGGCAAACGACUAAGGGAUUACAGGGAGUGAGUUUGGAUGCACUAGUCGGAAUAUUUACCCGCAUUGGACGUGAAGUGGAAGAGAUUGGUGUUGCUAAUACUUAUUCAUUGGCACAAAGAGUUGCAGCUGUUAUUGAAGAAGCAAGACCACUGUUAUCAAAGAUUAAAGCCAUGUCUGAAGACAUUCAACCUUUGUUGUCGGAGGUCCGUGACACUGGUUUGCUGAAGGAAGUUGAAAGUUUAACUAAAAGCCUUACACAGGCAACUGAAGAUUUGAGAAGGGUGCAUUCUUCGAUUAUGACCCCAGAGAACACUGAAUUGAUUCAGAAAUCAAUAUACACCCUGGUAUUUACUUUGAAGAAUAUCGAGAGUAUCAGUUCUGAUAUUUUGGGGUUCACGGGUGAUGAAGCCACGAGACGUAAUUUGAAGCUUCUAAUUAAGUCAUUGAGCAGGCUGCUGUGAGGAACUGGGGUUUCUAGAAUAUGGUGGUUGAUUUUAACUAGUGUGGACAGUCAAUUUCCUGGUGCUAAGUUCUACUGAGAAUUUUUAAUGUGUGAUAAUAUCUGAGACACACAUCAAUAUGAAUUUUCUUGAUGAAGAGUGGACAACUGAAGAUCAUUUUGCAACAUCUUCUGAUGUUUCUAAAUUUUCCGAACCUUUUCUCCUCAAACUCAAAGUUGAAUGUUAAUGGAGAAUUUGUUCAAUUUCAGGUUGUGGAAGCUGCUACCGAAGAAUUUGAUAGCAGACUAUAUAUAUAUAUUUUUUUUUCUCUGUAACAAUUGCUCCCUGUCCUUUUUGUUAUCACUUAGAACAACUGUUAUAAUUUUUUUCACCUAUGUUUCUAUAUUAGGUUGGUGGGUGUGGAUGGGUUAAAAUUAGGCGAGGCAAGGCAAGGGGUGUUUGUGGAUCAUUUCCUUCAAAUUCUAUUUUUGAGUAGAAGUUUGGCCCAGUAAUAAUUAUUUUGUGUGAUUUAUUGUAGAAAAAUCUUGCAAGUGCACAAGAGGUGUCACAUAUGUAAUUUCUUAUAUUUCAGCCUUUCAGGUAUUAAUGCUAUUAAGAAACCAUGACUUGGAAUGAGAAUAAUGAAGUGAAUAAAAUUAGUCUUACCUUGGUUUUA